UCCGAGUUUGGGAGGAGAGCGUGACGUUCCUUUUGCUGCAAGAAGCGAAGAGCCCAAAGUGAAUAGUGCUCGCAUGUCAUUGCCAUUAGAUUUUGUAGUACAAUGAGCAGCUGGACAGAGAGAAUGCAUCGACGCGCUGCUACGUUGGGAAAUGUUGUAACUAGCUGCGGACAUCCCUCCUCAGAGCCUCCGCACCCGAGACGCCUGGAAAAGGUCAAGUUUGGUGCACCCCUGAACGAAGUGUGCAAGAAUGAUAUUCCUGGCCCAUUACUGGUCCUUAUAUUGAAAUUGAACAAGGAAGCUCCACUCAGAAAAGACAUCUUUCGGGCACCUGGCCACCAAGGUAACAUGAAGAAACUGGUACACUUCCUGCAAACUGGACAUCUGGUUAACAUGGACAAUUUCAGCGAUUACACGAUAGCUAGCGUUCUAAAGAAGUUCUUGCGCAAAAUACCUGGUGGAAUAUUCGGUAAAGAGAUGGAGCAACAACUGUUUACCAUAAUCCAACUAGAUAGUGUAGAACAACAACGGGACCAGAUACACAGAUUAAUUACUUCCAUGCCGAUAUAUACGCAACGAUUACUGGUACUGCUGUUUGGAACAUUCAGAAUAGUAGCAGUAAAUUGCGAGCGAGCGCACACGGGGAUGACCAGCGAGGCCCUAGGGGUGUCCGUGGCACCCUCGUUCUUUCAUAGUUGCGUCAGCGACGGCAAGACUGCUAAAAUGGAGGAUGUUCUCAGAUUUAAGAUUGCCACCCGCAUCACUAAGUUCAUGAUAGACAACUUCGGCGUUUCCAAUCUGUUCGGAAGGGACAAUUAUGAAUAUUACGCGCGUAUAACCGGCCGAAUAUUAAAAGUGGAGGAAGAUUGGAUCUUCAGUUUCCGAUAUCCGCCGGAUACUCUCGUAUCGAGACAGCUGUCGCUGGAGGCUGAAAAAUCGUGGUUGCAAUACGAGUGCGAAAAAUGGGGAUUGAAGUUGAAUUUAGAAUGUAUGUCGCAUCAAGAGGAAUCGCAGUCAACUCCGGCGUUGAUUCACGUGCCGGAGACCGUGAAUCUCGCGUCAUCAUUAGGCAUGAUUCCAGAAAACACUUUACUCGAGAGUUACACACGUCUUUCAGUGAGCUUAGAAGAAAAUGGCUUGUUCCAGCUACCCAGUCGUUCGUCUAGUAAUGGCAGUCAACAUUCUAAGCAUGGGAUAUUGGGUAUGACUCUGGACGAGCUUCGCGCGGUGAAUCGCUACGCAGAGAGCACUAAAAGUCUCAGCUACCUACCGCAGGUUCAUGAGAGGCAAGCCGCACGAAUGCGAACUAGAUCUGAAUGGUUUCUCACGCCUGUAGUUACCGCCGACAGUGAUCCCUCGGCGAUACACAUUUUGCGUUCCAAUCGGUCUUCCUCCGGCAAUAUUGCUACGGGUUUGAGUGCCAGCGCGGAAUCGGUGAAGCGGCCGAGUCUUCGAAGAACUUCUUCCAGGGAGAAGCAACGUUGGCAUCGCAACUCGUCUCGUCGCAACAAAGAAAACGGCACUAAAGGAGCGGGCCGCUCGGCUACAGCGGCCGCGGCAGCGAUGGUGACGGAGGCGUCCAAGUCGCGUUCCCUAGAGACGAUCAAGAACGUGAAGAUCGUGCGCGUGAUGGUGGCGGAUCAGCAACAGCCAGCGACCGAGAAGAUGAUGGACAGCAGCCACAACGAUAUCUUCGAGGAACACGCGAGCAAAGAGACGCGCGUGCCAUCGCGCACCAGCGGCGAUGGUGUCAUUGGGCCACAGGAUUGCACGGAGAUGGACGUGAAAACUGUACUCGAUGUCAUCAUUUCGCGACUGAGGGAUGAAGGAGAAGGAAGAGGAGAACGAAGAGGAGCAAGAGUGCCGAGUAGAGGAAAAAAGACGCAAGCCCAAAUGAGAAGACACACAAUCAGGAAUAGCAGCAGCUUCGUGCGAAAGCUGUCCCAGCCGACCAAAAUCACCCUCGGUGGCAUGCGUCUUUCCGUCGUCGCUGCGGAGAACUGAAAAAUA